GGCCGUUCCCCCUCUGAGAAUCCUCCGGUAGAGAGCCGUAGACCGCAGACCCCGGCCCGCCUGACCGCCCCGGGGGCUUCCGCGGCCUCUGCCGACCCGGAAUCUGGGACCUUGCUGAGCUACGCCCCGCCCAUCCGUCCAGGAGAAGCCCCUCUCCCGUGACAGCCGGUCUCUUCGAAUGUUCGUCAGUUUCCCCACGUCCGCGGAGGUGAACCAGCUGUGGCCCUGCCCGGGAGGAGCUCACAGUCUAGCGCGGUAGACCGUGGUCAGCAAUGUGUCCGGCCCAGUGAGAGGCAGGUGCUCGGUGUCCCUGUGGCCUCCAUGUUGAAAGCAGAACGUGUGUGCAGAGUGGACGUGGCUCUCUUCCGAAGCCUCUUUGGGGCCACAGGAUCAGGCACUGUUUGAGUGGACAUACUGCUCUGUACUGUGCACCCCAGGGCCUCCUGUGCUGGCCAUGCCCGUGCCCACGGAGGGCACCCCUCCACCCCUCAGUGGUACCCCUGUCCCAGUCCCAGCCUACUUCCGCCAUGCAGAACCUGGCUUCUCCCUCAAGAGGCCUGGGGGGCUCAGUCGCAGCCUCCCACCCCGGCCCCCUGCCAAGGGCAGCAUCCCCAUCAGCCGCCUCUUCCCUCCUCGGACCCCAGGCUGGCAUCAGCCCCAGCCCCGGAGGGUGUCAUUCCGAGGCAAAGCCUCUGAGACCCUGCAGAGCCCCUCAUAUGACCCCAGCCAGCCGGAGUCCUUUUUCCAACAGAGUUUCCAGAGGCUUGGCCGCCUGGGCCAUGGCUCUUAUGGAGAGGUCUUCAAGGUACGCUCUAAGGAAGAUGGCCGUCUCUAUGCAAUAAAGCGUUCUAUGUCACCAUUCCGGGGCCCCAAGGACCGGGCCCGCAAGCUGGCCGAGGUCGGCGGCCAUGAGAAGGUGGGGCAGCACCCACGCUGUGUGCGGCUGGAGCAAGCCUGGGAGGAGGGCGGCAUCCUGUACCUGCAGACGGAGCUGUGUGGGCCCAGCCUGCAGCAGCACUGUGAGGCCUGGGGCACCGGCCUGCCCGAGGCCCAGGUUUGGGGCUACCUGCGGGAUACCCUGCUUGCCCUGGCUCACCUCCACAGCCAAGGCCUGGUCCAUCUUGACGUCAAGCCUGCCAACAUCUUCCUGGGGCCCCGGGGCCGUUGCAAGCUGGGUGACUUUGGGCUGCUGGUGGAGCUGGGUACGUCUGGAGCUGGUGAGGCCCAGGAGGGAGACCCCCGGUACAUGGCUCCUGAGCUGUUGCAGGGCUCCUAUGGGACAGCAGCGGAUGUGUUCAGUCUGGGUCUCACCAUCCUGGAAGUGGCGUGCAACAUGGAGCUACCCCACGGUGGGGAGGGCUGGCAGCAGCUUCGCCAGGGCUAUCUGCCCCCUGAGUUCACGGCUGGCCUGUCUUCUGAGCUGCGUUCUGUCCUCACCAUGAUGCUAGAACCUGACCCCAGGCUGCGGGCCACAGCCUCGGCCCUGCUGGCCCUGCCCAUGCUCAGGCAGCCGAGGCCCUGGAGCGUUCUGUGGUAUAUGGCUGCUGAUGCCCUCAGUCGAGGGUGGGCCCUGUGGCAGGCCCUGCUUUCCUUGCUGUGCUGGCUCUGGCACGGGCUGGCUCACCCUGCCACCUGGCUGCAGCCCCCGAGCCCACCAGCCACCCCGCCUGGCUCCCCACCCUGCAGCCUUCUUCUGGAUAGCAGCCUCUCCAGCAGCUGGGAUGACGACAGCAUAGGGCUCUCACUCUCUCCGGAGGCUGUCCUGGCCAGGGCUGUCGGGAAUACCUCCACCCCCCGCAAUGGCUCCCCUGCCCCCCGGAACAGGUACUCACUGAGGGAUGCCCUGGACCUAAGUGACAUUGACUCUGAGCCCCCUCGGGGUUCCUUCCCCUCCUUUGAACCUCGGAACCUCCUCAGCCUGUUUGAGGACUCACUGGGCCCAACCUGAAUCUACAGGCCAGCCUUGGUGCUUUUAACCU